AUGGCCUUAGUACAAAUCGAAGACCUCAAAGGAAAAGCAAUCCCGACGACCCAAUCUUACUUCGACGAGACAGCCAGCAACACAAGCAAAACACGAACGACAGAAGCUGCAGACGACUUCAAGAAGAAAUAUCUCGUUCCUACAAUUGGCUGUGGAGCCCUACUGUUCCUUUGCAUUGGUGCCGGGGUCUAUUAUAACAAUAAAAAAAAGAAAGAGGCAGAAGAAGAAAAGUUAGAAAGCGAUGUAGGAAUUGUUAAAUAUGAAGAUCACGAUGACGACGACGAUGACGAUGAAGAAGAUGAUGAGGAUGAUGAGAACUCUAGUGGGAAAUCUAAAAAUAUAUCUAAAACGCGGGCUAUAAGGCGAAGAGGUGCAGCUAGGAGGAGAAGGAUGCCACGGCAUAGUAGUCAUAGUCGAGGGGGCGGUGGACGGCCCCACGGUCGGGGUCACCGACAUCAUUGA